AAAUAUAAAGCUGAUAGAUAUAGAAUAUGAUUAGAUAUUCUUAUACUAUUUUAUCGUCUUACGUAUCUUACCCUUCCUAUAAAAUUCAUAUCAGCAAGCAACCUACAAUUACAAAUUAAUUAGAAAGUAUCAUUUUUCUAGCACCAAGUGGCAAAAGUAGAUCAAAAAAACAACUACUUAACCUCUACGAUGAAUUUUGCAUAUCUAAACUCGAUUUUUCUUUCGAUAUUAAACCUGACGAAGGGUUUCGAAGGGUUCCUUUCGUUUUAGGGAUUCUAUAAAUUGAGGUUCGUCGCUUACCAUACGGUUCAGUUCUUUCUUAACCUUAGCAAUUGUGUGUGGUAAACUCUUUACCGUGAUAUCAAGCGUGCAUUUUUAAUCAAAAUAAGUGUUUUGUACGCGACAAGCCAAGUGGUUUUGUGAUCGGUGUUGUGUCGGGUUCACGAACUGCAUAAUUAUGGCAGUUCAGAUGUUGCUGAUAUACGUUACCGUUUCUUUGGCUUUGGCCACUUUGUUAUGUAUACGAUGGAAACGACGGAAGUUGUACGCCGCAGCGUCAACCAUGGAUGGACCACCGUGUUUACCGUUGCUCGGCCAUGCGUACCUUAUUUUCGGCAAAAGAAAUGGAGAAUAUAUUAUUCAAGUGUUCGAUCGAUACGCUCCCAGAUACACAUCUCCCAUUGGCAUCUGGUUGGGACCCAAGUUAAUCGUUGCGUUUAAGGACAACCCCGACUAUUUCCAAACCGUUAUGAAUUCUCCACAUCUGCUGAACAAGAUGGAUCAAUAUAACUUUUUUCGUGCUGAAAAUGGUCUAUUAACAGCGCCUGCGCACGUCUGGAAAAAUGAAAGAAAAUUGCUCAAUCGAUCGUUCAGCCCGUUGAUGUUGUCCAGCUUUGUUGAUACGUUCAACGAGAAAGACUUCAUCUUGGUGGAAAAUCUUCGCAAGUUCGUCGGCAAUGGUGAAAUUAAUUUACAAAUUUACAUUUCCAAAUGCACAAUUGAUGCAUUGUUUGGUAAGGUGCACGCUCUUAAAUGGUACAAAAAUAUAUUUUUAAGAAUCUUGUUUGAAUUAACAGGCAAUGCUUUUGGUAGAGACCUCAACACCCAAGGACAUGAUGGAGCCGAUGAGUAUCUACGAUGCUUGGACACAUUUCUUUCGCUGGUAUUCAAACGAGUUCUUCACUUAGAACGUUACCUGGAAAGCAUCUAUCGGCUAACAACAGAUUACAAAGUCGAAACAAAUUGUGUGAACAUUAUCAGAAACAUGUCACUCGACUUGAUGAAGAAAGUGAAAGAAAAUUCCAAACCAUUUAACGACAUCGCGCACGAAGAAACGUAUGGCAGCAAACCGGUUUUUAACUUCGCGGAUAGUCUUUCUAAUCUUGCAAAACACAAUCCUUCCUUAACCGAGGAUCAUAUAAAGGAUCACAUAGAUACCAUGAUCAUGGCUGGACACGAUACAACCGCUAACACCAUUUCAAAAAUGCUGCUCAUGAUGGCCAUGCAUCCAGAAGUACAGGAGCUGGUCUAUCAGGAGGUGAUGAGUGUGUGUCCGGAUAGAACGAGGCCGGUAACAACUGAAGAGGCAAACAAUCUGGUAUACACGGAAAUGGUGUGCAAGGAAACGAUGCGCCUGUUUCCGAUAGCUCCUGUAAUUGGCCGAAAGUGUGUUGCAGAUGUAAAGUUAGACGAUAAACACACUAUUCCUGCCGGCUGUUCUGUAGCACUGGGGAUCUUUCAAAUACAUCGCGAUCCUUCAAUUUGGGGUCCCGAUUCUGAAAAGUUUAAUCCCGAUCACUUUCUCCCUGAAAAGGUGGCCGAACGACACCCGUACGCAUAUCUUCCGUUUAGUGGUGGACCACGGAACUGUAUCGGCAUCCGGUACGCGUGGUUAUCGAUGAAGAUCAUGAUUGCUCAUCUCGUACGAAACUAUCGCUUUAAAACUACACUGAAAAUGGAAGAUCUACUCUUAAAGUUUGCUAUUGUGUUAAGGAUCACCAAUGGAUGUCUAGUAACGAUAGAGGAUCGUAAUUAG